AAAUAUUACCAAACUUUGUUGCAUUCUAUUAGGUAAUGAUUAAAACUCAAGUAAUAAGCAAUACCAAGAAAGAAACUUUUUUUAUCAGCCACAAAAGACACCCAUAAGUGUUAAUUAGCCAUACAAAAAAGACCCAAACUAUAUGUUCUUGGUAAAUUAGGUCUGUUUUCAAUCAAGUGUCCUUUACGUAGAUUAAAAGUUAAAUGGUAAAAGUAAUCGUAAAAAUACGUUCUUUUUAUGCUGCUUUCCUUCUGCUUAUUCAAACAACAGAAAGAUGUAAAAUCAUACAGCCACAGACACAUGUACAGGUUUUAGUUCAAGAGCAAGUAACACUGUGCAUGUAAAUUGUUGUGUCCCCUUUGAGAGCAGUUCUGCUUGCUUGAUCAUCACUCGAUCAGUCAUGCUCGACCUAUCAUGGGAUUGUGCCAGUUUUCAGCUGCAACAGAGAGAGAUACACAGCUUCAAACUGUGAUAUGACAGUGGCAUAUUUAUAAAGACUGUUAAAUGUGGGAUCCACACAUUAAGUGAGGAGAACAGUAUAAUUCUGCCUCGUCUGUUAGGAUGUACCCAGAGUUUCGAUCCGUGAUGGUCAAGGAGAUGAUCCAUAUGGUGCUCACAGACAAACUCUCAGGAAAAGUUUAUGAACCAGACAAUGCUACAGAGUGGACCAGGACUAUCUCAGACACCAUCAAACAAAAGUUAAAAGAUAUGGGAUAUGACAGGUACAAAUUUAUUGUUCAAGUGGUAAUUGCAGAACAACGUGGCCAGGGCACAAAAAUGGCUUGUAGGUGUUUCUGGGAUGCAGAUACCGACAGUUAUGCACAAGAUAUGUAUAUAAAUGAUUCACUAGUAUGUGUGGCUGCAGCAUUUGGAGUGUUUCACUACUGAGCUCUCUCCACACUGACUUGCCCACACCACAAUGGAGGUAGCAAGUUAGAAACUCAUGAGGUGAGGAAGAAAUGAAAGCUGAAAUGUCUUGGAGUCAGCAGUUCCAUCUUUGACUUCUAGCAAUAAAAGGAAUGGACCACAAAAAAUAUCCCAGAAUGGGGAUACUGUCUCACUUUUUCAGUGAAAGAACAUUGUACAGUGAUAUCUUUUGCUCAACCAUUUGCAGCACGCUUAGUCACUACACUUGUUGCCAGGUCAUGGAUAUUAGUGUGUGUAGUGCUGUCGGACUAGAACGACUGUUAAAGAAAUACCGUAUCAGUGAUGUGAUUGAAUGUUCUUGUCUGUACGAUUGAAUAUUAGCACAACAGUUUGAAAAAAAAAAGUUUUUCUCAAGUCUGUGUUCUUGAGACAUUUUCUUUAUAAAGUAAUAAAACUUUGGAUGUUGCUUAUGAUCUGCUGGUCUUCUUUUGCAUGUAAUUGAAUUGAAACAUGCUCUGGUUGUUGUCUGCCUUUCAAGGUGUUAAUCAGCAUGCCUGUGACCUGUGUAUAGUUGAUGCAAGAGGAACAAUUCAUAUUUUAUUCACCAUUUGAGAUGACUUACCUCCCUUUACUUCCUGUUGAUAUUUGUUGUGAUCUCCUUUGGCAUUGGAGCAUUAUGCCAUGUUGGUUACAGUUAGAAUGUAAGUUGCUGAACAUGUGAUUUAUUUGCAAAAAUUUUUAAAAACUGAAAUUUUGGGCUGUCUGUGAUAAGUGGCCUGUGUUACAAAGAAAACUUAUAUUGUUGAUAUAGAGAUGAUUUUGUGGGCAAAACUAUGGAUAGCAAUGCUUGGUCAGUGGAAAGCAAUAGUGUUUUACAUCACAGCUUUACAAAAAAAGAAAAUUUGACCAGUUUUUUUCUGCCAGAUUUUAUGGAGAAAAAUUCACACGAAAAGAUUUACGUGCAAGAUUUGAAGUGGAUGGCAAAAAAAAAAAA